UCUCUGUGCGGAAGUGUCGUCCUCAAGAGCAGCAGCAACAGCGGAGGAGCCAGGGCUGCCACUGUUUGGAUAAACACCACGGCAGUUCACUUGCAGGUUUCCAGGCGUCCGCGUCUCUCCUGCUCACCUCGACCGUGCAGCAUAGCAGUAUUAUGCGAGCACCGUCCGGCGUGUGGGAGCACCGUGUGAAGUGAGUUUCCUUGAAUCAUCUAUAUGGGCCAUCUUCUCUCGAAAAAUGGUUACCGCCUAAAGAAGAGAACCCGCAAGUUAGAUCACAGGAAGAAGAAGAAGAGGAACUGUUUCCUGCAGGGACCUUGCAUGCUCUGCUUCAUAGUCCACAGCAACAGCAGUGGUCUCGACGACGACGACAGCGACCAUCUGGAGGCCGGCGUCAACGGGUGCCGUCACAACAGCAUCCCCGGAAUCACCGUCCCGGUCGUAAGCGGAGUCGGAAUCGGAGCCGCGGCCGCCUCGAAGCUCGCCGAGCGCUACGCAGCACUCGCGUCGCCCGAAGAUUGCUCCAAGUUCCUGUUGUGUCCGAGGGAGCUAGCCAUCUGGGAGGGCCAAGGGAGGAGCCUUUUAUCCGCCGUCCCUGCCAAACUGAUCCCAGCGCCAGCGCUCUUGCGAACCGCUGGUGUGUCUGUGACCGUGCCCAUACCUGUGCCUGGCUGCACCAGCGAAUACACUGAGAUGGUGUGUAAGAGGAAGUGCUCAGAGGUGCAGAGGGGCACCCCUUGCAAGCAGCCGCGCUGUGCCUUCGCUGCUCCUGAUGGAGGGCUGGAGAACGGGGGAGUGGGAGGAGGUGGGGGAGACGUCGCCUCGAACUCUGAAACCGGCCACUGCCACCUUCCCCUCUGUCCACUUCCCUCCUCCUCCUCCGCGGCUUCCUCUUCCUCCUCCUCCUCAUCCUCCUCCUCCUCCUCCUCCUCGUCACCUGCUGACGGCUGCUGUGGUUUGGGUCUUCACGCCGAUUUGCCCCACAGUUCAGACUCUUCCCCCUGCUGCCCGCAUCAUUACGAGGAAUGCCCGGGGAGGAGUUCAGACGCUGCUGAUCACUUAAGCAUCAACCACCUGCCUUCCUCCAUUCUUCUUAAGGUGCUGUCCCACUUGACAGUGAAAGAGCGCUGUCUUUGUGCCUCACUGGUUUGUAAGUACUGGAGGGAUCUCUGCUUGGACUUCCAGUUCUGGAAGCAAAUCGACCUCAGUGGCCUACAACAAGUGAACGAUGAUCUCCUGGUGAAAAUAGCUUCUCGGAGGCAGAAUGUGACGGAGAUCAACAUCUCAGAUUGCAGGGGCGUCCAUGACCACGGCGUGGCCUCCCUGGCGUCACAAUGUCCGGGACUACAGAAGUACACCGCGUAUCGCUGCAAGCAGCUGGGCGACAGCUCUCUGUCGGCCCUGGCCACACACUGCCCUCUCCUGGUGAAGGUGCAUGUGGGCAACCAGGACAAACUAACAGAUGGAGCACUGAAAAAGCUGGGAGAGCGCUGCAGCGAGCUGAAGGACAUCCACUUGGGUCAGUGCUACGGCGUCUCAGAUGACGGCAUGGUGGCCCUGGCUAAAGGAUGUCCUAAACUACAGAGACUCUACUUGCAAGAGAACAAAAUGGUCACCGAUCAGUCUGUGCGGGCGGUAGCGGAGAAUUGCCCCGAGCUGCAGUUCGUGGGCUUCAUGGGAUGCCCUGUGACCUCUCAGGGAGUCAUCCACCUUACCGCGCUACGUAACCUGAGCGUCCUGGACCUCCGGCACAUCGCAGAGCUCAACAACGAGACGGUGAUGGAAGUGGUGCGGAAAUGUCGCAACCUCAGCUCCCUCAACCUCUGCCUCAACUGGAGCAUCAAUGACAGGUGCGUGGAAAUCAUCGCCAAGGAGGGGAGAAGCCUGAAGGAGCUCUAUCUCGUGUCUUGUAAAAUCACAGACCACGCUCUGAUAGCCAUAGGCCAGUACAGCAGCACCAUAGAGACCGUGGACGCCGGCUGGUGCAAAGACAUCACAGACCAGGGAGCCACGCAGAUCGCCCAGAGCAGCAAGUCCCUCCGCUACCUGGGCCUCAUGAGAUGUGACAAGGUGAACGAGGAGACCGUGGAGAGGCUGGUCGUCCAGUACCCUCACAUUGUGUUCAGCACGGUGAUGCAGGACUGCAAGAGAACCCUGGAGAGAGCUUAUCAAAUGGGCUGGAGCCCCAACACGUCGAACGCUUCGUAGCUACUGCCGGAUCACACACACACACACACACACACACACACACACACACACUCAUAGGGCUACACAAAGGUCCUUUUUGUAUACAGAUACCCAUACACGAUAAGUGCAGCUCACUCAUCUUUACUUCCCAUUCUCUUUUCGACGUGCAUGUGAUUAUGUAGCUACACUCUUCCAGACAAACGUUCAUGAGUCCAUCAGCGGUUUCAUUUGAAGCAAACGUCUCCUCUUUUAGAAUGAUGUUUUAUAACUAGAAGUCAGACACCUUUCGGUUUUAUGCUGCAGCCCAAAACUGACUCGUCGCUGUCGUCAUUGGAAAUAAGUUCGACUCCGUUCAACGACGACACGUCUGAUCGGACACGUAUAUUCUGUCCGAUCAGAGCCGUUGUUGUGCACUAACAAGUGAUGUUUGAUAUCUGCUAUGAGUGAAGUUUAAGAGUAUUAAGACCUUUUAAGUCCUCUGCUUGGGUGGAGUCGAGGUAAAGGUGUGAGGGGAAGGGGGUUUGAAUAUAUCAAAGGCCCAAGAAAAAAAAAUGUCAGUAAAAGACAUUCGGUGAUGGUUGAACCUGAAUUAUUUUUGAGAGGAUUGAUUUAAUUUUUUUUUUUUUUCUAACUGGAACCGGUGAGGCAUUCUAUGAACUGAACUCCACUGCUGCGUUGAGAUUUCACAGGCGGGGGCAGAGACUCUGAGAUCAGUAGGCCUCCGAUGGCCGCGUCACACCGGACCACUUCUGAACCGCGAGGACUUCACACCUCGCUUGAGGCAUUUUUGAGAAAUUUUCUGAUGUUUAUUUUGCCCCAGUUGGAACUUUUUUUUUUUUUUUUUUUUUUUUUUUUCCCUCUCUUGGAUGUUCAGUACAGUGUUAAAGGCAUUUGUGGACUGUGCGGUGAGAUUGUUGACAAGGAUCCAUGUGGAAGGACGAGCUCCUCGCUGGGACUCAUUAUGCACAUUGUUGUCAAGGGGAAGAAAAAAAAAAGGAAAGAUUCGGGCCAAAACCGUUGAAACUCUACAAUGGCAAAUGUGUGGCAGGAAAAUGGCAUUGAUUAUAUAUCAAAGGUGCAUGUUUACAUUGAGAUCCUUACCCUAUUUUUACAGCUCGAUAUGGAGCACUUAAAAUGUAAAUCACCAUGCAUAUGAGUUGGGAUCAGUGCUCCUUUUAUUGCCAUGCGUAGAUUUGCUGCCGACUGAGCGUCACCUUGAGUCAUUACAGAAUGAAAUCUAACAGUGCUUGAAAUAGAAGUUGCCUUUACGUAAAAUAUCCAGAAUAUCCACAGCCACCUUGAUGACAGGUAAGAGGAAGUUGAGCCUUAAGUGGUUAUUAAUUGCGACCCGAUUAGCAACCUGAAGUCGACCCAGAAUUUACUAUAGAAAUAUUUAUCUGAAACCAUAUUCCUGUCUUUUGAUCUGACAUAUACAUAUAUAUAUAUAUGAAUAAAUACUGUGUGGGAUUUACUUAGAAUAAUGUUGGUUUUGAGCAUAUACUUGUAACAUUAGCUAUGUAGCAACGGAGCGAGCGAUUUAUCUUUCCUAGUGGUGUAGGACGUGAAGAAAAAUCUGGUUCGGAUGAGUAGAUGUCGGUGGGCGAGAGUUGAUCAUUUUUCAUCUGUUCUAUAGAAAAUGCAUUAGUGCACAGUUAAAGAUGCAAAUAACCAGGGUAUUUUUCUAUGGUGUGAUCCUGCUCUGGGCUCCACUCACAGUCACCCAGAUAUAACAAACUGAACUUAGAGUUUUGAGUAGAACUGUAAACCUUUCACAAUGUAUAGAAAUUUUGGACUAUUAAAAACAUUCAUUUUUCUCCUUGUCGGGAUUUGUAGGUGAAGAGUUCUCCCUCGGCCUGUGUUUUUUUUUUUUCUUCUGUUUCUGUUCUUUUGUAAUCCCCCAUAUGCACUUUCUUCUCCGCUAGAUGUUGACACACUUGAUUCCUGAUUUGUUAAGGCAACCGUAAAUGACUGGAUUUACAUAAAGAUGAAUAAAACACUACUACUUCAA